AAAAGGGCGUUCAGGCAAAUGAAUUCAAGUUGGGCUGUGUCUGCUUGUACUCAGCUGGUACGCCAAGACAAGAUAUCAUUCGCACACAUAGUCACAUCCUCAGAUACAAUGCUACCCACAGCCCCGCCAAAUAUUGGCCAGGCAUCUCCCAGAGAUUGA